AUGCAAAAGGAAACAGAGCAGGAUGAACAACUCCCGAGUGAUCCAUUAAACAGUUUCGAUUAUAAUAUAAAUACAGAAACAAACUUAAAGCCAUCAGAAUUGUCAGACAGAGGCAACUCGAAAAUUAUACUGUUCGAUAUAAAUGAAAAACAAUCACAUGAGCUCAAUUUAGAUGAUCUUUUGGAACUCAAAGAUAUGCUAAUGGUAGAAAGAUCUUCAUAUGUUUUAAUUUUGCAAGGACUUGGGGAUGCACAUGUCAAACUUAUCCGCAGAGAGUUUGAUCUUCAUCCCGUCAUUGAUUAUGAGUGUGCAAGCAACAAUUUUAACAAUAAAGACCAUAUUCUAGACUUCCCAGACUAUUUUUUGUUGACCAUAAAUGAUGCCAGUUUGAAUGGAGAGGUAGAAAAUCCUGUUUCUAUGAAAAUAAUUGUUUAUAAAACCGUGCUUAUGAUUUUUUGCAAAGAUCCUUUAUUUUGUGUUAAGCAAGUACUCUAUGAAGAAAUGAAGAUUCAAGAUGUAUUUAUUCAAGAAUUCCAAAAUAAAGCUCAACAAAUCAAUAAUUUUUCCUAUCGAGAAGUCGAAAUAAAUGAAACAUAUGGCUGCACUACGAUUGAUUCGAUUUUGUAUAGGCUCUUAGAAUCCAUUUUGUGCAGACUUGAGUAUCUUUCAAUGCAUAUAGACUCUGAGACUAAAUGCUACUUAGAGCAUGCUACUGAAAUUCACAACAAUGAUAGAGUAGAGUACGUUCAAAAGCUGAGUUCAGGAGAAAAAACCGCUCAAUAUCUCCAAGAUCUUAUCAGGCCUAAAUUUAAAAUUUUUGACUCCCUCUUACACUCAACACAUCUAUCAAAUGGUCUAAAAUGUUAUCUUUACAGUAUGAAAACAAGAACAAUUGUGCUUAACCAAAAAAACAUCACAAGUCGAGCGACAUUAACAAAAGCUGAGCAUAUUUUUAAUGCAACUUUAGAAGAUGCUCAAAACACAACUUCAUUAAAACUCGAAAAAAUUGUUAAUUAUUUUACUGCAAUGGCAACUGUAUGUUUGCCAGCAAAUUAUAUCCCUGGGAUGAUGGGAAUGAAUGUAAAGGUCCCUUGACAAGACGAUGACGAUCAUAAUUGCUUGCCCUGACUUUACUGCUGGGCAAUUAUAAUUGGAAUAUCGAUCAUUGUGAUAUGGUUUUUUAAGUGGAGAAAAUGGGUUUAA